AUGUGCCCGGAUGCCAACCUGUGCUGGCUGCUCCGGCCAGGCUGCGGCUCCUCUGCCCGUGGUGGUUGGUGGUGGGGCCGGGGGCCUGGGCGGCCCUACGAGCUGGUGGCGUUCGGGGCUUCGGGCUUCACCGGCCAGUUCGUGGUGGAGGAGGUGGCGCGGGCGGAGGCCGGCGGGGAGCUGCGCGGCGGCCUGCGCUGGGCCGUGGCCGGGCGGAGCCGGGAGAAGCUGCGGGCGGUGCUGGAGCGGGCGGCCGAGAGGCUGGGGAAGGCGGCGCUCGGGGCGGAGGUCGGCCUGCUGCUCUGCGAUGUGGGCGACGCGGCCUCGCUGGCCGCCAUGGCGAGGCAGACCCGGCUGGUGCUCAACUGCGUGGGCCCGCUCCUUUGCUGGCUGCAGCAGUUUAUUUUACCUGUAAUUCUGCGCGCGAAGAUCCGAACAAAGACGACGGAGUCGUAAUGUGAUAAAGUUUUG